CUUUAUUAUUCCGAGUCUCACAGACUCUCUAGUACGCUAAGGUUUAGACUUUCACUACUAGGUCACUCGUAGUUGAGCUUCAUCUAGUUUAGUUUUCCAUUACUCUUGUAAACCGUAGUGUAUAACUCGGACUCCAUCGGAGAAAUAAUCAUUUACAUAUGCGUCCCUCGACCCAACUCAGGUGAAAUCAACAGGGAACAAUUAGAGGGGAGUUUCAAGAUGAUAGACGUUGCCGAUAUGAACCUAGAAAGCUCGUCAGAAAGUUGCGUAGAAGGCAAAAUCUCGAGCGGCUGCUUCUAUUUGCGUCCCUUUCGGACACGCGAUAAAGAUAUCAUCAAUUGCCUGUUCUCAAACGCACAUGAGCAAACCAUACGUACGCUGACUAAUAAAUAUGCUAUAGACUGCAUCAGUGCGAUGCUUAAUAGCAAAAGAGCCGAGGCGUUUCCGAGUAGCAAUGCGAUCGAUCCCAUAUCGAAAUCGAGAACAUAUACGAUUGUUGCUUGUCGACGCAGCAAGAAUGAUCAUAAAGUCAGUCCCAGGUCAUCCAUCGUGACCUACGACGAUGAAUAUAAUAUAAAGCGCUCUGGUGAUGGGAUAGAUGUACACAUACAAGACGUGGAUACCAGCGAAGACCUGAUUGCUGGAGCGGUGUCUUAUGUGUGUGACGUCAAUCACACCCAUGGUCGACUGGAAACAUUAUGUGUGGCACCUGAGUGCCAGAGGCAAGGGAUUGCACGGAUGCUUAUUCAAGGUGUGAUAUCGUUAGCCAGAAGACUACUCACGGAGGGUACUGCGGGCACAGGCAAGGUUACCGCCCGUGGUAUUCUAAAAUUAGGCACACCGCAUGACAAUGUCGUCGCACAACACUUAUAUGAGGCUUUCGGCUUUCGGCAGGUAGGAACUGAUGCACUGGGUGCUGAUGACGAGAACGCCAAAAGCUUCCACCUGAAGUUGUAUGAGUUGGAGUUGGUGCCCUGACUAUCACUUUUAAGUUGCAAGUAAUAGGUAUAGUAGGUUGAUAUAAGCAGUGCGAUACCUAUAAUAAUGUAUGUAGAAGUAUUUCUUUAUUUCUUUACUAAUGCCACAGUGCUAUUGAAUACUUAUUUUGCGGUGUACUUGUGUCGCAUUUCGAGCACAUUCUAAAUUAUAUCAAUAAAGAUAGCACGCCACAGCUAUUGCAACGAUAUUUUAUAUGCAAAGGUAUAUUACGUGGUAUAUAUAUAUAUAUACAUAUAUAUG